AUGAAGCCGUCAAUAUCAAUACUCGCGCCGCUCGUGGCGCUCGCACCCUCUGCACAUGCCGCAUAUCAAUUAAACCUAGACAGCCGCGAUUCGAUGAAACAAGUCACAUCACUACUCGCUCACGACAUGAUGACAUACUAUCAGGGAAACCUGACGGGACAGACGCCAGGACUGCUGCCAGGGCCAUGUGCGUCGGACUUGUGUUACUACUGGUGGGAAGCAGGAGCCAUGUUCGGUGCCCUGGUCAACUAUUGGCAGUAUACCGGCGACGACAGCUACAACCAAGUAAUAUCAGAAGCUUUACAAUUCCAAAAGGGACCAGAAGCCAACUUCAACCCGCCGAAUCAGUCCAAGAACAUGGGCGUGGAUGACCAAGAUUUCUGGGGAUUCGCAGCCCUCGAUGCGGCUGAGGCGGGCCUGCCAGACGUACCUGGUCAGCCGUCAUGGCUUGCGCUCGCGCAGGCUGUGUUCAACUUUCAGACCAACCUCUGGGAUGCCAAAGUGUGCGGUGGAGGUAUGCGAUGGCAGGUGUACUCAUUCAACGCUGGCUACAACCUAAAGAACACCAUUUCGAACGGCGGCUUCUUUCAGCUUGCCGCUCGCCUCGCUCGCUAUACCGGAAAUCAGACCUAUGUUGACUGGGCGGAGAAAAUGUACGAUUGGAUGGCUGGUACGCACUUAUUUCAAGAGACGGAGGACAGGCUCUGGAUUUGGGACAACACAGAUACCAACAAUGGCUGUAUUGAUGUCGAGCACCAUGUCUGGACCUAUAAUUACGGCACCAUGCUUUCUGGUAUGGCAUACCUCUACAACCUGACCGAGAACGCUACAUGGGCCACCCGGGCGUCGCACGUUCUUGAUGGCGCCUUCAAGACUUUCUUCCCCGACACUCUCGACGGAACGCCGCCGGAUUCAAACCUGGGUGGCAAUGUCAUGACAGAGAUGCAAUGCGAGCCAACAAGUGUCUGUAACAACGACCAGAGCAGUUUCAAAGCGUAUCUGGCGAGAUGGAUGGCUGUCACCGGCCAGUUGAUUCCAAGCUUGCAACCUCAGAUAACGGCAAAGCUACGGACUAGCGCACAAGCAGCAAUGAAUCAGUGCAUUGGCGGCGACAAUGGACGAAUGUGCGGACGGCAGUGGUAUUCGAGCGUUUGGGACGGCAGCAGCGGUGUUGGCCAGCAGAUGACAGCACUAUCAGUUGUAGGCGCCAACUUGAUCGACUCCAGCAUGGUGCCUCUGACAGCAGACACUGGCGGCAAAUCCGCCAGCGACCCCAACGCAGGCACUUCUGCACCCAUAUUUCCUCAUGAUGAAUUUCCGGAAAUCACGACAGCAGAUCGUGCAGGCGCUGGCAUUCUUACAGUACUCGUGGUAUUUGGCAUGGCUGGAGGAGCGUAUUGGUUAGUCAGUUGA